UCAAAAUUGAACCUCGCCUCGCCUUCUCGAAGAAUCCGGCUAGGGCUGACGGACACCGCGGAGGCGGAGAUGGACCCCGGCUUCUCGCCCAGCUUCGAGUUCGCGUUUAAUUCGCCCAACUUCUCCGACAGGUAGCUGCGGAUAGAGAUCCCUCCCCGACUUGGCGUUCCACCGCGAGGAGCUCCGCCUCCACAAGGAGGAAGCAGAAAAAGUAUUGACUCUUCUUGGACCAUUUUGUCCGCGCCAGUUUUACGAGUGAAGACCAGUUACAUCAAUUUGGUGGUUUUCGCUGCAAAUAGUCCAUUCUUUCUUAAGCUUUUCACAAAUGGCAUGAAAGAGUCUGAUCAGAGGCAUCUAACACUCUGAAUUGCUGAUUCGGGUAAACAGGAACGGAGGAAACUGUCAUGAUGGAGAUUUUGAGAUUUAUGUACACUGCAAAGCUAUCAACAACUGAGCACAAUCUUCUGAUCGACAUCUUGAUGGCCGCUGAUAAACUGGAGGUUCUUGCCUGCAUGUGGCAUUGUAACCAGUUACUCAAAAACUUGCCUAUGACCAGAGAGUUGGCAUUGCUCUACCUAGAUUACCCAUGCUCCAGUUCAGUGGCUGCUGAAAUUCGGCAUCUGACAGAUGCAGCCAAGGAAUUCCUCGCCGGCAAAUACAAGGUUUUGGCCAAGUUCUCUGAUGAAUUGAUGGACAUGCCUCUUGCUGGGAUUGAAGCCAUGAUUGAAGAUACCGUAUAUAGCUUCUUGCUUGAGUGGGCGUGCAUGCAAUACCCAGAAAGGCAUAAGCUAUGGAGCUCUCAUUUACUUCCGCUGGUACGCUUCAGUCAUAUGACUUGGAGCAAACUCCACGAAAUCCUGACAUGCAGUGAUGAUGCUGUGCACAGUGAGCAAACAAAGAAGCUUAUUACUGAUUUACUCCUGCACAAAGCUUACCCAGCACAUGAGCAAGGCACUAUUGAGGCAGACACAACAACCCGUUGGCAAGUUCCACAGCGAGCUUACAGGCUUAAACCAAUCAAAGUGGUUGAAUUUUACUAGCCCUGCCCACAGGUCAUCGUUUACUUGGAUCUAACACAUGAGGAAUGCUCCCGACUCUUCCCAACCGGAAACAUUUGGCACACUUGUUCCAUCUUGCUGGACAAAGAUUUCUUUCUCAUAACAAAUUGUCAAAUGGAUACAGCUUUGGCCUCUUCAUAGAAACAAUUGAGAUGCCAAAGGGCCCAACAUGUUUGACAGUAGACUUUGAGUUAGCUGCAAGGGCAAGAUCGUCAGGGAAAUUCGUGCUCAGGUUCGAGGACAAGCAUACAGGUGAUGAUUGGAUGCUGGGAUGUGGUGACCUUUCUGAGGUUCCAUGGUCGACAUUCAUUGCCAAUGAUAAUCUCUUCAUCGAUGGUGUGCUGCAUCUGAGAGCUGACUUGAAGGUGGCGCAGAAGGGAUUACAGACUUGAUGAUAUCUGCUCAGCAAAGUUGGGUUGAUAGCCGUGGAAGGUGAAAGUUGCAUAUUUAAAAUAGAAACAAAAAUUAAUCAAGUUGUCUCUUCGAGAGGAAAACAACUUCAUUAAGCAACAAAAUCCAAAAAAACUUUAUUCGUUAACAAACAAUCAGGCUUUGAAGCAUCCCAGAAGGAGUGCAUUGUGAUUUUUAUUAGGUCCAUGUGGUCUUUUGCAUUACAAACCCGCGUGCCCGUAAUUUUGCACUUCCUACUUCCGAGGGUCCUAUUUGGAAAGUCUGGUACCGCUGACCUCGCCUUCCCGAAGAAGCUUCGGCGGCUAGGUUACGCCCGCCGCCGCCGCCCCGCGUUUCGUCCCUCUCUCCCACACGUGGCGGAGGGCAUGGGCGCCGUUGAAGAUUCAGCGACGGCGGCGGGGGCGGCAGCGGAGAUGGAGCUGGACUACUCGCAAGGCGGCGUGCUGCCCAGCUUUGACUUCGCGUUUGAUUCGGUCAACUUCUCCGACCGGAAUCUGCGUAUAGAGAUCGUCGCCGGUGACCACGUGCUGGGUUCCGGUGGACACGUCGGCGGAGGAUCCACUACCGACCAGGCGCGCCGCGGCAAGGAGAAAGUUUUACGAGAAAAGACCAUUCAUAUCAAUUCAGCAAUUCUUGCUUCAAGAAGUCCUUUCUUUCUGAAGCUUUUCUCAAAUGGCAUGAAAGAAUCUGAUCAGACGCACCCAAUAAUUAGGAUUGCUGAUUCAGAGGAAAAUGCCUUUAUGGAGCUUUUAAGAUAUAUGUACAGUGGAAAGUUGACAACAACGGAGCCCAGUCUAUUGCUCGACAUCUUGAUGGCUGCAGACAAAUUUGAGGUUCUCUCUUGCGUGGGGCAUUGCAGUCAGCUGCUCACAAGCUUGCCUAUGACCACAGAAUCUGCACUGCUUUACCUAGACCACCCUUGCUCGACUUCAUUAUUGGCUGAGGUCGAGGGUGUGAUCUGCGCAGCCAAGGAAUUCCUUGCCAACAAAUACAAUGAUUUUGCUAAGUUCCAGCAUGAACUGAUGAACUUCCCUCUUGCUGGGAUUGAAGCCAUCUUGUCAAGUACUGACCUACAAGUAAUACGGGAAGAUUGCAUAUAUGCCUUUAUGCUCACAUGGGCCCGUGAACGAUACCCAGAAUUGGAGGAAAGACGCGAGAUCUUGAGUUCUCGUUUACUGCCACUGGUACGCUUCAGUCAUAUGACAUGUACAAAACUUCAGGAGAUCCUAGCAUGCAGCGAUGAUGAUAUAGACCAUGAGAAAGUAACUAAACGUAUUGCCGAGGUACUUCUACAAAAAGCUUACCCAAAACAGAUGGAAGGUGCUCUUGCAGCAGACGCAACAACCUGUUGGCAAUUUACUGAGCGAGAGUACAAGUACAAACCUGUGAAAUUGGUUACUUUUGAUCGACCCUGCCCACAGGUUAUCGCUUACCUGGAUCUAACACGCGAGGACUGCUCCCGACUCUUCCCUUCUGGACAUGCAUGUUCACAUGACUUCCGGCUUGCAGGGUGGAAGGGGAGCAUUUAUCUCAGCCCAGUCUGUACAAUGAAUGAGCAGAGUAAGUUGUCCACCUUUGGUCUCCAGUUAAUUGGAUUCGGUUCCACAGAUUUGACAGUGGAUAUUGAGUUUGCUGCAAGGACAAGAUCGUCCGGAAAAUUUGUGAGCAAGUACAGUUGUAAGCACACCUUCACCAGUGCUUGGUUGAAAAAAUGUGAUGAUCUUUUUGGCGUUCCAUGGUCGGCGUUCAUUGCCGAUGACAACCUCUUCAUCGACGGUGUGCUGCAUCUGAGAGCUGAUUUGGCGGCGGUCCAGCAGACGGAGUUUCACGCUUGAUAUGAUUUCUCACUCACUCGACAGAGUUAUUAUUAAGUCGUCUGUUCGUCAUCAGUCGCUUCAUUGGGAUUCUGGCUGUGCGUAACCUGAGUUUAAUUUCGUUAUUUUUGUCUCUGCUGGAAACACUUUGGCGCCUGAAGGUGAAGGAUGCAAGGAAUGGACCGAGGCUCAUGGCUUCUUAGAAUGAAAUUUACAUUUCUUCAAGAUUAAUCGGGGUGGUAGACCCUUUGAUCUCACUUUACUU